CCAUGUUUAACAGUCAGUGUCAACGGGUGGGGCAAAUGUUAUUAAUCCCCGCAGAAUGCGGGAUGUCAACUCAACAACUUCAACCACCAUGUCGGCAACACGUAUUCCUAUUCGCACUGAGAGAGCCCCUCUACCACCUCCAUUCCUCUCUCAGGGCCUCAUAGUUGGCGAUGUGGUCUACUGCUCUGGACAGGUGGGGGCAGACUCGACAGGUAAGCUGGUGGACGGCAGCAUCCAGGACCGAACGGCACAGCGACAAAUCUUGCGCAACCUCAAUGCCGUCCUUGAGGCCGGAGGAUCGAGCCUUCAUAAUGCCAUCAAAGUCAACAUCUUCCUGACAGACAUGGCUGAUUUCCCUGCUGUCAAUGAAGUCUACACCCAGUUCUUUGUGGAUCCCAAGCCAGUACGUACUUGUGUUUGCGUCAAGUCCCUCCCGCUGGGAACGGAUGUCGAAAUUGAGUGUUCUGGACUGAAGAGUGGCAACAACCGGAGUUCUAGACUUUGAGACAUGACGUGGGGGGAACACUCCACUGUCAUCGUACGCAUGCCUGGUCUGGCCAGAAUGUUCGCAGAAAUUUGAUGUGUGAGUCCAGUCACAUGACGAUAGUAUAUUUUACACUGUAC